CAUCUGGAUCUGAAAGCGACUGUCAGCAAAACUGUUGCGUUAAUAAACUGCAUCAGGUGGACAACCGGGAAGUCCUGAGGUUUGGCCAGAUAUGGAAAGAUAGAACCAGUCAGAAAUAACUGGAGUGAGAAAUGGGGACCAACAGCCAGAGGAGCAACGAGGCGGAUGUCAACGCUCAGUGUGGCGAGGACAGUGCGAUGCCCAUUGUUUCUGUAAAAGGUUUGAAAGAAAACUGGCAGAGGUGGUCCAAUGAGCACCAGGAGAACCAGAAGCUCAAUCCCUUCAGUCACGAUACCAGACCAAGUGUAGUGGCCCCUCAAAGGGGACAGGAUGACUACGGGAGACCCCAGAAGGGCUCUCUGACUGAGAAACGUGGGAAGGAGGCUCACACACACAUCGGCAGAGAGGUCCAGAAGCUGUGUGAGGUGAUAAGGAACAUAGGGGAACUAAAAGAGGAGGAUGGAGACGGCGGCCAGAGAAAAAUGAUCAUGGUUGAAUUUGGGAAACUUUUUGAACAUUAUGUGACCAUUUCCAAUACCCUAGUGGGAAUUCUUUUACGAGCCAGAAAACAGGGACUGGUGGACUUCAAGGGGGAGAUGCUGUGGCAAGGGAAGGAUGAUCAUGUAGUUAUCACUUUGCUGGAAUAAGCAAAUGUUCGGGUUUGUUUCUAUCUCUUGAUUCAUGUUGUACAUAUGAACGCUACAACUACACACUGUGGAGAGACUGGA